AUGCGCAACUUAUUACACCUGGUUGUCAUUCCCGGCGCACUUGCACUAUCAGCAACGAGACCGCCUCCAACUACGCAGCCACCAACAAGAAAUGCGUCCAUGAAUACAGCCUUCAAUGCCACAUUCACCAUUGAGGGCCACCCAGAUCUUGUCGUUCCCCCAGAGUCUAUCGACGCCGUAGCCCAAGGCCUGUGUGAUGAUAACGGCUUUGAUGAGAACCCGCCACCCCCUCUGCCUCAACGAGCAACGGCAGCUGAUCUCAAGUGGCAACCCGCACUCGACUUCGACACAGAUAGCUGCUAUAACGUUCCUGCAAUCGGUCCAGAUGGUCACAUAGACAAAGGGCGAUCUCGCCAUGAAACCAACACAGAAGGAUGUCGAGACGAGUACGAUCUAGACCACAGCAAUGUGUACUCCCGUCAACGCUGCAACAACGGCUGGUGCGCCUAUCUGUACGAUUACUUCUUCGAAAAGGACAUUGGUGACCGCAUCUGCAUCGGCCACCAGUACGACUGGGAGCACCUGCAAGUAUGGACCAAGGAUGGCGAGCCCCAGUUCGGCUGUGCCUCUGCCCACGGCAAAUACGACGCCCGCCUCUGGAAGGACAUCCCCAAAGAGGGCACGCACAUGAAGGCCGUGUAUAACAAGGACGGUGCUAUUGGAACGCACUACUUUCGCUUCUCGAAGGGUGCAGGCGACGAACCACCCGAGAACCACAAGGGCAUCUGGUGGAAAUCCGCGCUCAUUUCAUACAACGGUUUCCCGAAUGUCGGGCUGCGGGAUAAGCUCGUCGCUUAUGAUUUUGGCGCUGCAAACAUUGCCUUCUCUGAUGCUGCGUUGCCAGGCAAUCUGGAGGGGUGUGCGAGCAGGAUCAAGGACAAGUUUAAGGAUUUCAAGUUUGAUUACGGAUUGGACGUCGGGUCUCCUGGAAAUCCUUGA